AUGGGAAAUAACGAGCCUGUGUGUUUGAUUACCGAUCAAGACCCUGCAAUGAAAGUUGUUGUUCGUAAUGUUUUUCAAACUACAGAACAUAGGUUUUGUAUGUGGCAUAUUAUGAAAAAGGUGCCUGAAAAAGUAGGUCGGGCGAUUGCCCAAGACACUGAUUUCUUGAAAAAACUGUGUUCAUGUGUUUGGCAUUUAGAGAUUGAGCCGGCAGAAUUUGAAGAAAAGUGGAACAAAGUUAUUUCAGAAUUCCAUUUGAACGAUCAUGAAUGGUUGGCAUACAUGUACAACAUACGUGAUAUGUGGAUUCCAGCGUAUUUCAGAGAUUUAUUUUUGGGUGGCAUUAUGAGGACCACAUCUAGAUCAGAAAGUGAAAAUAAUUUUUUCACUAUGUUCACAAAUCCCCAUCUCACUUUGAUUGAGUUCUACAUGAGGUUUGAAUGUGCAUUGGAUGCUCAAAGGCACACUCAAAAUAAAAUGGAUAAUGAUUCGAAGAAUAAGCGUCCGGAGUGUAAGACUCCAAUUCCUUUAGAGAAAGAUGCUUCUGAAUUGUUUACAACAACAAUUUUCUAUGAAUUUCAAUAUGAGCUUGAAAUUGGAUGUUUUAAUUGUGGUGUUGAGGAGAUGAAGAAGGACAAUGAGCUUUACAUUUUCAAUUUGAGGGAAGGAACCAGAAGGAGGACUUUUGAUGUUUGCAAAACAAUGAAGAUGAUCUUAGUGAUCUUGUCAAAAAAACUUCGAGCCAUGAGGGUAGAUUUGGAACAGAAGAAAACAAAUGGAAGCAACAAUCUUUCGAGCAAAGUUAAAGACAUUGAAAUGCUUAUUGAAGCUAGUCUACCUUCCAAUGUUUUAAUCAAACCUCCUAAAAUUUCGAAGAACAAAGGCACGGGGGUUCAUGUUCCAAAUCAGGUCAAUGUUCCAAAUGAUGUCCAUGUUCCAAAUCAGGUUCAUGUUCCAAAUCAGGUAAAUGUUUCAAAUGAUGUCCAUGUUCCAAAUGAUGUCCAUGUUCCAAAUGAGGUUCAUGUUCCAAAUAGUGACAAAAGAAUGAAGAGUGACAGAGAAAAGUCUAUUGAACAAAGUCAAAAGAAGAAGAGAUUAUGUAGAGCAUGUGGGGAGCUUGGUUAUCAUGAUAGUCGUAAUUGCCCUGGAAAAGUCAAGUGA